AGAAGCUCCAGAGGGAGGGAGAGGAACCAAAGUCGGUUCUUGUAGCGUGUGUGCGUGUCGAGACAAGCCGAGAGCAGGUCGGGAAAACUUUACCUCCUCAUCCCGCCUGAACACGGAAUUAUUAUUUACCUUUAAAAACACAGAGGAGCUGUUUCUUGCCAAAAAGUGAGGCUUGUCCGAGUUGUUUCUGCGCCUCUUUUCACUGAUCUGAGCGCAGUUUCCGGAUUUCGGCUCUGUGUUUUGGGAAUAUUCACUCUCUGCAUCUGUGCUGUUUGUAUUUUCCUAAACUGCACCGAAAACCUUCAUAAAUCCUGCAGCUAAAGCCGUAACAUGGACUUCUUCAGACAACAACAAGGGUGAAGUCUUUGUUUUCAGAGAGAAGUUGAGCUCUGCGCUCGAGUUCAACGGGGCCACUUCCUGAUGAUGACAGUAAACAUGGAUGACGGUCUUCAAAAUGGACCUGGACAGCACAGGAACACACAAGACGACGAGGAGGCGCUGAACUCCAUCAUGAAGGACUUGGCCGCUUUGGGCAGCUACUCCAGUCAGCACAGCAUCCACAAGCCCAAGAUCAGAACGUUACUGUAUAAACAGGAUUUAAGAGUCAAGCUGGAGCAUGAGAGAGAAAAACGAAUCAUCCUGCUUCAGAGGCCGCUGAAGAUCAAGGAGCUGCUGCAGAAAGUGACCGAGGCCUUCGGCCAGCAGAUGGACAUGUUCUUCACGGAAAAGGAGCUGCUGUUGCCCCUGAAGACACAGGAGGACCUGGAUCAGGCCAUGUUAAGUCUGAGCUGCACUUCUGGAACUAAUGGGCUGCUCAGGAUCCUGCUGAAGACUCCCAAAAACAACCAUUAUUUGCAGGUGAACAGCAGGGACAAACAGAGCGAGAUGAAAUCAUCGCGGUCACUGGGAGACUUGAAGGGCUCGUUGUUUAAAGGCUCAGAGAGGGUGCGCAAACACUCCACAGGUUCCCUCCACACGGGUCGGACAUCUCCUCCUCCAGGCAGCGUCCCAGAGGAGGAGCAGCAGCAGAUCGCCCGUCAGGGCUCCUACACCAGCAUCCACAGUGAGGGGGAGUUCAUCCCGGAGGCUCCAGACCAGAACAUGCUGGAUCCCUUCGGGAGCGCAGACAACUCGCUGUCAAGCAGCUGUCAAUCAAUAGAUCAAGCGCUGGACAGGUCGCCAUGGGAAAGGAGGGACUUUCCCACGCCAGUUCCAGUUGCCCAAUCGCAGCAAGGAUUAUGGAGAUGGUCGCAGGACACUUCCGCGCAGCUUCAUGCCACAGGAGAACCUUUUCCAGCUGGUUCCCUCCAGCCGCACGCGCAGCUACAACGGCGACAACACGCUGCCGUUCUGCGACCUGCGCUCGCUGGGCCGCCCCGCUGACAAAGGCUGCCAGCGUGGCACGGCCAAAUCGCCGCGGGCGCCRGUCAACUGGCGACAGGGGAAGCUCCUGGGGCGAGGGGCGUUCGGGGAGGUCUACCUCUGCUACGACGCCGACACGGGCCGCGAACUGGCCGCCAAGCAAGUGCCCUUUGACCCCGACUGCCAGGAGACGAGCAAGGAGGUGAACGCUCUGGAGUGUGAGAUUCAGCUGCUGAAGAAUCUGCGACAUGACAGGAUUGUUCAGUACUACGGCUGUCUCCGGGACCUGGAUCAGAGAAAACUCACCAUUUUUGUUGAGUUCAUGCCCGGGGGCUCAAUAAAGGACCAGCUAAAGGCCUACGGGGCUCUGACCGAGAAGGUGACCAGGAGAUACACCAGGCAGAUCCUUCAUGGAGUCUCCUACCUGCACAGCAACAUGAUCGUACACAGAGACAUCAAAGGUGCUAACAUCCUCAGGGACUCCUCAGGAAACGUAAAGCUCGGAGACUUCGGGGCCAGCAAACGAAUCCAGACCAUCUGCAUGUCUGGUACGGGAAUCAAGUCCGUCACUGGCACCCCCUACUGGAUGAGCCCGGAAGUCAUUAACGGAGAGGGAUAUGGCCGCAAAGCUGAUGUGUGGAGUGUCGCCUGCACCGUCGUCGAGAUGUUGACCCAGAAACCUCCGUGGGCCGAGUACGAGGCCAUGGCGGCCAUUUUCAAGAUCGCCACCCAGCCCACGAAGCCCUUGCUCCCGGAGGGUGUGUCCGACACGUGCAGAGACUUCCUGCGGAAGGUGUUCGUGGAGGAGAAGUGGCGGCCCACGGCGGACAUUUUACUCAGCCACCCGUUCGUCCAGGGCAGCUUCUGAAAGCCCGUGGACUCCCGCCCUCGUCCCCUUCCCCCGCCUGUGAGGCACCCGUUGUGACUCCGCCUUGCCUCGCCUCGCCCCUCCCCUCCCCCCAGAGGCAGGGUGCAGCGACACUCCACCUCCCCGACCCGUCUUCGCUCACCAGUGUUCACCUAGUCAGGAACUGUUUUCCAUCUCUCACCGACCCGCUGACCCAGACUGUUUCCUGAGAGGCCAGGUCAGAAGUCCAGAACUGUCCCGGGCGUCGUCGCCUGCUGCUCCCUCAGGAGGAGGCUGGCAGGAAGUGCACUCAGCAGUCUCACGGGCUCCGAGUUGCUGACCUUAGGAGCCAAAGCCGGAGCGAAAUGAUGCCUUUCACUCGACGCCCGUCAGCGUCGGCGAGCAGCGUCUUCAGAACGAGCAGCCCAGGAACAUUACUCGCUUCUGAAAGUGCUGGAAGCUGCUCAUCAGCCUGAAACAGCUGCGAGCGAAAUGGAAACAUAUUUUUAUACGACGCACGCAGUCGUCUUAGCAGAUGAGAUUUCUACUGCCACAUUUAAGAAAGAAAAAAAUGUAAAUGUAUUUUUGUCUACGCCUUACAAUAAGAGUGUGUAAGUAUGAAUGUCUUUGUGCACUCCCAGCCCACUUCAGAAAGUCUUUACCGUUGCACUUUUUAUAUCACRCAUCGAGACAUUUACAAGAUAAUCAGAUGAGAUAUUUUUCGAAAAACCAAACGUUUGCAUCAGCGUGCAAUGUCUCCUAAGCAAUACAAACACUGCUGUUUGAGUCCGUAACCUUCAUUCCACCUCCCCCCCCCUCCGUCUGGGAGCCUCAUUCCGUUUUUUUCUAAGUGGCCAAAGAAAGAAAACCCCAGAGAUGAUAAAACUCGCAGUAUUAAGUCACCUCCAACCUCUCCUGCAUUACGGCAGCUCUGUGCACUUUACGGGCUGCACAAACCAAAACAUGGAGGGGCCGCAGCUUAAUUUAUGUUUUUGUUGUAAGCUAGGAUGGAUCCCCUUCACCCCRCGUUUAGCUUCUCACGUUGUUCCAACCGUUUUAUGACUUGUCGACACGAAACUACACGCUGGAUUCUUUUAACCGGUGGUCGGAUUGAUGCUGGGUAGUAGCUGAUAGACCAUUUUGUAGUUACAAAUACGCAAAGUGGCCGCGUCACGGGUCAUACGGUAUAAACACAUGUAUUUGUUCUGAACUGUUAAACUUUCGUUUAAAAUAACAUCGGAUCUCUAAGCUAUAAAUCUGAUUUUUCAGCUUGUUUUGGUAGUUUUUGUUGCCACAGUUGAGUAGAUACUAACUACAUGAGCAAAAGUCUCAACUAACUGCUGGAUCAUUAAUAAGAUAGGUAGUGGGCACCUGUAGGACCUAUUAAAAAAUCUGAAUAUCCAAAAAAAUCUGAAUAUCCGGUGGUUUCUCAGUUCAUCUGUGUGAGUAAAAUGAACUGAAAGACUAAACAACAAUGAAAGCUCUAAUUUAAUUGUAUUGGUAAAUUCAUAAAUUGGUGUAAAUCAUAAUCAUGUUAAAAAUAAAGUUACUAAAUUAUAUCCUGAUGCAUCUCAGUAA